AUGUCUAGCNAUAUAACAUUUGUAUUGUUUCCAAGACAUACCUGUAAGGCGAAUAGAGAUAAUACAAUAAAUUUAAUACAUACAUUUCGUGAUUAUCUUCAUUAUCAUAUAAAAUGUUCAAAAGCAUAUAUACAUUCACGUAUGCGUGCAAAAACAUCAGAUUUUCUAAAAGUUUUAAAUCGUGCCCGACCGGAAAAAAUUGAAAAAGAAAAACGUAAUAUUAAGGGUAAAAUUAUGAACAUUCGUUGAUGGAAAUCAUCCA